AUGUUAGAGUUGAAACGGAGGCAUCUGAACGAGCGACAAGAAAUGGAGCUAAGACACUUGCAAGAAAAGCAACGGGAAGAACUCUUAGAUCUGCAGCAAAGAUUCAGCUCAUCUAGAAGAACCGUUUGCGCGGACUCUGCAAACUCCCUCCAAUCGUCUGCCGAUUCUGUAAAGCAGCUUAGGACACCUCGCUUCGAGCACGAUGAUCUGCUGAAAGAAGACCCGUUAGUUGACCAUGAGGCUACCCACAGACUGGCACCUGCGAUGGAAGCCAUCCGGUUAGUGAAAAACGGAACGCGGUUCUCCGAAGGUCAUUUCGUAGUGUCUCUCCCGUGUAAGAAAGUCGCCAAUACCGUUUCGCGAAAUUAUGAAUCGUCGUUGGUCGGUUUGAAACAACUCAAGUGCCAUUUGGUACGUGACGAAGCCCUACGAAAGAAGUACGUAAAAUCGAUGAAACUGAUGAUGGAUAAGGGAUUAUCCGGUGAAGUGGUAUCUGUCGCAUCGUGGCGUGAUCAAGCCAAAUAA